GUGAGCCCGAAGCAUCGCCGCCUCGUCGCAUCAUGAAGCCCAUCAUUGCCAUUCCGGCCACUGCGGCCCUUGUGCUGAGGGCCUGGAAGAAGAAGUCGCUGACCCCGGCAGGCAUCGUUGCUGCCACCGCCACGGCCAUUGCGCAUGCCUACCACCCGUGGAACCUGCCCUUUGUCCUGCUAAUUGUCUUCUUUCUGGCGGGCACGCGGGUCACGCAUGUCAAGGAGAAUGUCAAGGCCACGCUCACAGUGAGCGCAAAGGGAUCCUCGGGCGGCGAGGGCCCUCGAACACAUGUUCAAGUCUUUGCCAAUUCGCUCGUGGCAUCUGUGUUGUCGAUUCUCCACGCAAACCAGCUCUACGCUCGCGCUGCUGCCCUCCAGACCCCAGGCGCUGCCGAGCCCAACGGGUCGCUCUGCUUCUCGUGGGGAGGCGACCUCUUUGUUGUCGGAAUCAUUGCCAACUACGCUGCGGUUGCCGCAGACACGUUCAGCUCGGAGCUGGGCAUUCUGUCCAAGAGCGAACCCCGCCUUAUCACGUCGCUGACGCUCCGAAAGGUGCCCCGCGGCACAAAUGGCGGGGUGACGCUGCUGGGCCUGGGAGCUGGGCUUCUGGGAUCGCUCACCAUUGUCACGGCUUCUAUGCUGUUCUUGCCCAUGUGUGACGAGACCACUGCCGCGAAGCGUGCAGGCGGUGUUCCUUGGUCAGCAGACAACCGGCGCCUGUUCAUGACGUUUCUGGUCAUCUGGGGCGCUUUGGGCAGCGUCUUGGACAGCUUCCUCGGCGCCGUCUUCCAGCGUUCCGUCAAGGAUGUGCGAACGGGGAAGAUUGUUGAGGGCGACGGCGGCUCCCGAGUGCUGGUGUCUAGCGAAGCCGGCGGCUCGGUGAAGCGGGCUGAUGUCAGAGCUUCCUUGCAACAAGGAGACGCCACUCAUGAAGCAGUUGAUGAGUCUACCGAGGUGACCGAUAAGUUUGACCCCAAGAACAAGCACCGGAAACCUAGCUUUGGGGAUGAGCAGCCUUCUCGCAUUGUUGAGAAUGGCUGGGACCUGCUCGACAACAACGACGUCAACUUCCUGAUGGCCGUGACCAUGAGUGUUGGCGGUAUGGCGGUGGCCAGCUGGUACUGGGGAGUUCCUUGGCAGAGUCUCUUGACCCCGUGA